ACCGUCAUGCGCAGUUCAGUCCAACACUCGUCAUCGUUCUAACAACUCGCGAGGUCCAUUGCAGGUACAAUCUCUACCCCGACGGUGAUAAUGAGGAUACUGGUACCGUAGCAUUGCGGUCAGGAUGUAGUUGUCAUGGGUGCGUGAGACAGCUAGGAAUUCCAAGACGUACUGCGAUGCGAGGGCCAGACGAUAGCUGGUGAGAAGGACAGCGUGAUAGGAGCAAUAAACACAGCUGACGGGAUGCGGCGUGGAAUGGGAAGGUAGAUGCUGAAUUCACGGUGCUUUGAUCAAGCAGGAAGACAAAUUUGCAUAUCUGCGAAGCGUGGUGUUCCACUGACGCUGUAUUGGGAAUAGACAUUAAGUACAUGUACCGGUACACCUACAGCAAAGAAUUGGUGAGAUUAAACAGGAAAACAUUGACGACCGGAAGAAUUUCGGAGCUGAUUGAACUUCAAAGAUGAGUACUUCAGGGGAUUACAGGAAGGUUACCCUAAUGAUGGAAAACCCAUCUUAUGACGGUCUCGCAGACGGGCGUAGCAGGAGGCGGCCGCAUCAUCGCAUGAAGCCCUUCAUUCUUGUCAUCCUCCUUCUUUUAGCCGUGGUGGGCGUGGCCGUGGCUCUUGCUGUCAUUUUGACAGGAAAUAAAACGAAUUUGGACGUUCCAGAGGAAGUGACGAUACUCGGUAGCCUGCACAUAUCGAAUCGUGAAUACCGAGAAUCGUAUGGGGACAGAAGCACUAAGGAAUUUGCCUCCUUGGAGAGAGAAGUUGUUGAUGCAAUGGACCGCCUUUACAACAAAAGUCUAUUUCGCAACAUUUACGUCGGAACCAGUGUUACAGAGAUUAGGAAGGGCAGCGUAGUGGUGGAUUUCGCCAUCCAUCUUGAAAUUCCAAAGACUUUGUUUGACCUGAAACAGGACGAGCACAAAAAAGUCUCAGCGCCUGAGUAUAACGAAGCCUACGUGCAUCUUGUCAAAGCCAUAGACGACAACACACUGGGAGAGUUUACAAUAAUCGAGUUCAGUUUGUCUUUUGAUUCAAAGAGUCUAAGUUUUCAAGCUAUAACCCUGCCGCCAGUAUCCAAGACAGUUGGUCAGGCAGACCAAGGCGAACCUACUCUUAGCCCGUUACCAACAGACGCUUGCAAUGACAACCCUUGUGUUAACGGUGGCACGUGUGUGCUUCAGCCCGAGACAGCUCUGUACUUCACUUGCAAAUGCCCGGAGGGUCAUAGCGGCUAUCUUUGUCAAAAUAUUGCUCCAAGUAAUCCAUGCAACAGCAACCCAUGUCAACACGGUGGGCAGUGCUGGUUCGGCACAAUAGACGGUCAGGAUCGCUAUACUUGUAUCUGCCCACCAGGCUACGACGGGCAGAAUUGUGGGAAUCCUAAACAGACACAGUGCAUUGACAUCCCGAUCCCUCAAUGUUGUCCCUUCCUCCCUUAUAACCAAACCGUCUCCCCCAACCCAUUUAAGCUGACGGAAACCCACGAGGAACUUCUCGAAUUCUUUGAGUUGUCUUAUCACUUCCUGACACCGACUUGUCACCCGGACGCCCAGCGAGUCUUGUGCACCAUUCUCAAUCCACAGUGUCCCCAGCUACGGACAGCAGGUCACGCAGCAGGUGACGAACAGGCGUCGGUAUUGGACUUCCAGCUACCGUGCCGGUCGGUUGCCGGGAGGUUCAUGACUCGUGCCUGGCCAACCUCCCUUCACAGCUCCGUGGAGAGUUCGAGGUCUUCGGCAAUUUCUGUUAUUCCCUGCCGGAGUCUACAGAGGACAGUAUUUGUUUCCGCUCUUCCAGUCAAGAAACGCCUGACAGUGGGCCUAUCGGGUGCCUGUCCUCACCGUGUGAGAACGGAGGUGCUUGCUUGGAACUCAACGGCAUUACCAGGUGUAGAUGUCCGCAGGGCUACGGUGGACAAACGUGUGCUUUUGAGUUGCCCAAUCCUUGCUCACCCAGCCCAUGUAUGAACGGCGGAAUUUGUAAGGUGAGCGAGGAUUCUCUGAUACCGCGAUUCACCUGUGAAUGUCUGGCACCCUACCAGCCACCUUACUGUGACUCGGGACAAUGAGAGGUGAAUAUGACUAAACUCUUUGUCAUGAACACCAAGUGACGAGUAACUGCUCCGUGAAGUGAUCCGUGACCCCUGACGUCAUCUCAUAGAGCCGAUCAGCUUCCGUCCCUAUUCCUGUUACAUCAUUAAUAUUACUGCUGCGGGGAAGUAAUACCUUUAAUGUUGUUACUUGCCAGUCAGUGGUGCGAGAUGUAAGAUCGAAACAGUGUGUUUUAAACCACAUAAAUGUUGGGAAUUUCGAAACCUUUUUCUUAAGACGCAUUAUUUAUUGUUGUAACUAUUUAUCUUUUGAUAAAUGUAAACAUUCUUGCUGGCUUCAUUUUACCUGAAAAGUAUACUUCACAUUUAUUUAGUCAGAGCUCGCUCACUGAAUUGUAAGAUGCUGUAGAGAAACUGAGUUUUUAUCCAUUUGAGUUCCAAUGAAAAGUUCACUGAAAUAUUCUCUUUCAUCUGUUUUGGAGGGUCUCACUCCACAAACGGACUCUGUUUAAGUUCAAAUAAAUUUGUAAGGUAAUGGUUGUUUUGUGAAUUUACAAAACGAAAUUAAUCGUUUAAAAUGGUUGUAAAUAGCGAUCGAGUAUCAUUAUUUAAAUCCACAUUAAUAUCUUUUCGUCUCAUUAUGUUUAUAUAGUACAAAUAUAUAAAAGAAGUAACGCCCAUUCUCGAGAACAUAAUACACAAUAGUAAUAGCUUCAACACAAGAGUAAGUUGAAAAUUUUGCCUUUGUAAGUAUACCGCAUAAUAUUAUUUUGAUGAGAAUGAUUCCUAAAAGCUAUAGGCUAAACAAAAUUUUACAUUUCCCCUGGUGUUUACACACGGGUAUAUACACCAAUUGAAUUAGUACGUAGUACGCAUUAUUUGUAUAGAACUCUAUAAAUGUAUUUUUCAUUUGUGAAAAGUCUAGUAACCGUUCAGAAAAUUUCCGAUUUUUUAUGAGGGGCAUAUACCAUAAAAUGCUUGAUUUCCUGUCAAAAGAUUCAAACGGUUACUUAAUACACAACGAAUCUUUUCCUUUUGUGACUUUCUCAAACUGUUUACAGUGCCCUUAUCAAAUCAAUGGAAGAAAGAUUCAUAUAAUACAUAUUUAAAUCAUCUUAAAGGAAGACAAGUAAUUUGUAUAGAUAAGGAAACUUAAUAUGCUACCUUAAGUGUUCAGAAAGACUUUAUGAUACAAAAAUUAAUUGCAAAAAGCACGGCAAUAUGAACUGUCGAUGCUCAAAGCUUACGUCUUUAUAUACAUAUCUACGCUUGUGUAUGGACUGUCUUAGAAAAUAACCUAUGGAACGCCUUGGACAGCAAUCCGGAACGGAACUACACAAAUGAUGCGGAAAUGUGUCAUCAGGUAGCAUUUGGGCAAAAUGUCUGAAGCUGCUCCAAGAGUUAGGCCUACGUCUGUGACGCUGUGUCUGCUAAGAAGCCAUAGGCAAUACCUGGGCUGUAAUUGAAAUUAAGGCUCUCUUUCACUGCUACUCAACCAUCAUCAAACAAGAGUCCUGGUUCGCUGGAUGUCAGAAGUUGGACUGACUUGUUCCGCUACAUUUGUGACAAUUUGUGUUAACUCUUGGGACAGUUAAAUAAAAUUGCAGCACACUUUUCGAA